AUGUUGCCAUAUGAAGAGAAGUAUUCACUAUUAGAAAAGACACGUGUAGCACUUGUAUGGGCAACUCGCAAACUCAAACAUUAUAUGCUUGCUUACAAGGUUUUGUUGAUUGCAAGAAUGAAUCCUUUGAAGUACUUAAUGAAAAAACCUGUGCAAGAUGGGAAGACUGCUAAAUGGGUCUUCCUUUUGUCAAAAUUUGAUAUUAAGUAUGUGACCCAGAAAUAUGUGAAGGGGAGAGCAAUCACUUAUCACUUAGCCCAUUGUUCACCAGAAGAAGCUAAAGAGAUUCAAGGAGACUUUCCGAAUGAAGACAUCAUGGGGUUUGAAGUAGAAUCAUGGAAGAUGCAUUUUGAUGGAGCAACAAAUCAAAAUGGAAAUGGAAUUGGAGUUCUCUUAAUUUCUCCAAAAGGAACACACAUUCCAUUUUUUGGCAAACUCAACUUUCCUGCCGCCAACAAUGCCACAGAAUAUGAAGCUUGCAUUAUGGGAUUACGAGCAGCCUUAAGCCUAGGAGUGAGAGAGUUUGAGGUAUACAGAGACUCAGCUUUAAUAAUCUCCCAAAUUCAGAAUAAAUGGAAGAUUAAAGAAGAAAGGCUUAUGCCUUAUCAUGAAUGUCUUCAGAAGUGGGUAUCAAAAUUCAGCAAGAUUCAACAUCAAUAUGUGCCAAGGAUGCAGAAUCAAAUUUCAGAUGCUUUAGCAACCAUGGCAUCCAUGAUGGAUGGGCCAAAAGAAGAUGAAGCUAGAUCGAUAGUGUUAAAACAAAAAGAAGAGCCAACCUAUUGCAUGACAAUAGAAAAGGGUGAGGAAAAGAAUGGGGAAAGUGAAUGGUAUUAA